AUAUUUCAAGAAAGGAAUUGUAUCUAUGGUAAUAAAAACAUUUUUUUUUUUUUCAUUUACACAAGUAAACUAUCAAAAUUACUCUUAUUGGAAGUUAUGGCUGAAAAUAAACCUUAUGAAUUUGAAACUAAAAACAAAAAGAAUGAUGAUUCAAUAGAUAUUAUUGAUAAAUUAACUAAAUUUGUUAAUUAUCUUAAUAUUGAUGGUCAAAUGUUGUUGAAACCAUCAAAAAUAGAUUUACAAAAUGAAAUGAAAUUUGAACAGAGGGCAGAGCAAAUAAUUAAACGCCAUCGUCAUCACGACCAAAUUAUAGUUGAAGAAAACGCGGUAACUGAAUUACAAAAAUAUAUCAAUGUCAUAACUAAUGAUUUGGACAACAAAUUGAACAAAAAAGGUAUUUCAGAGUUAGAGUCAAAGGAUAUUACUGAGAUGUAUGAUAGUCUGAUGAAUCGUAAAAUGUUGAUCUUAAAAAGUUCAAAAAAUGCCAAGUCCCUAAAAGACUUUAUAAAGUUAAAUAAGGUAAAGAUUUAGGAACAAGACUUCUUUCUGGGACAACCUUUGUUUUUGAAAUUUUUUUUUUUUAAAGCGUUGUUUUCAUAUGCUUAUUUCAAAAAUGUAUAGUUAAAAAAUUACGGUUAAAUAACUAUUUUUGCUCCAGCCGCCCACACGCCUGACUGUGGUGCACUGGUAAACGUGUCAUGCAAUGGAGCUACGAUUAGGGGUUCAGCACACACAAAUGCAAAUGGCAUUUUUGUAAUUUGUCAAUUUAAAACGAAAAUAUCCCUCGACUUGGUAUGCAACACCACCUCAAGUACGUCACAGAGUAAAAAAGUGUGGCCUCUCGCUCUCUGCGCUGCGCUCGGACAAAAAAAUCAAAAAUAUCUCUCGACUUGUUGAGUAAAACCACCUUAAGUAGAUCUCGGAAUUAAACAAUGUUGUUAAGAGGAUGUCAGCGCACUAUUAGUUUUCUCUCUCUGGCCCACGCGCAACAUAUACAUAACGCGUUUAUGCAAAAUCAUUUUUUCUAUGCG